AUGAGUGCUAGUGUUGCAGAUGAUAUAUCAGACAGAGAAAUGAUUGAAUUUUCAGAGGAUGAACAUCUAACCUUCUUUUUCAAUAUUGACCAAGUAACUAAUCCAAUCAAUUCGAAGGUUUAUGGAGAGAUCCCAGGAGUUAUAUAAAAUUAUGGCACUUUUGCAUAAUCACUUUAAGUUUGUCGCUAGCUUUCCAAUCUCAUCAUUAAAAACUCUAUAGCUGAAGCACAAGAGAGAUUCAUUGUCAGAAAUAUUCCAAUUAAUGCUAUAAAUGAAAUUGAAGCUGAAACCAAGUUGUUGUUGAAUGCUAAAUUAAAUGAUGGGGGAAUUGAAGUUGAAUCCUGUGAUUUAAUUGAAGAUCAAGAACCAGACCCUAUCUUCUGUGAUAGAUGGAGAAGAAACAGAAUUUAAAUGAUGAUUGAAGAGGAAACUCAUGAAAAUGAACAAAACGAAGAAAAGUUAACAACUGAUCCCAAUAAGAAUAUUUCUAAAUCCAGACUCUAUGAUACCAAAAAAUAAACUGUCCGACUUCCAACAACACCCUAACCACAACAUUAGAUUGAAUCUAAAAUAAUUUAAAUAUUUUAAGAGGAAUAUGAAGAUGAAUUUGAAGAUAAGUUAAGAAAUGCUAAACUGUAUGAAAUGAAAAAGAAAAAUGAAAUUGAGUAAAAGAAAAAAGAAGAUAAAUUACAAAGUUAGGUAAUUCUAAAUACAUUAUUUGAGAUUGAAAAAAAAGAUGGAGGAACACAGAAAUACACUUAUGAUUUUGAUGGCAAAAUUCUAUUGGCCAGAGCUGUUAAAAUGGAUAAACUGUAACCUACUAAUCAAAAAUUGAAAGUGGAAUUUAAAGAACCUUCAAAGCCUGAUCAAUAAUAAUAACCAACAAAAAAAGGUGGAAAGAGAGAUUCUACCAAAAUUAACAAGCCAUUAUGUCCUGAAUAGGAGAUACCAAAUAGAGUUUUAUAAGAACGCAAAGAUGCUACAAAAGAAGUCAUAGGAGAUAAAGCAUUAAGAAUUGACAAAACAUCUCUAUUUCCUUAUGAAGUCUUCACAAUGAACAAUGGAGUUAAAUUGUACUUUGAGCAUAAAAUGAAGGAAGGAGUAAGGCAUUAAAUAAGUGAUUCCGCAGAACAUUUACAAUAUAAAUUAUCUGGCUCAAACCUACUCUCUGGAGAUGAUGCCUCUUAAUUUGCCUCCUAAAUUAGAUUAACCAGAGCUGAAUAUUAAUUGAUAACUGAUGCCAAGACUCUCCAAGCAACCAAAUCCUAGUUUAUGCCUAGUGAAACUAUCAAUGUUCCAGAACAUGAUCAAUAAAAUACUCAAUAAUCCAUUCUAUUAAAGAAAAAAUUAGGUGAAAUUGGAAAAUCUGAGUUCCCUUAAGAUAAUAAAUAAGUUUAGUUUAACACUGGAUCUAACUAAUUACAACCUUUAAAAAAAGAAGUGCCUUCCUAACAAACUUCUCAAACAGAACGAAUUCAAUUAAAGAAUGUCAAAAUGAUAGAAAAUUUAAUAGUAACUGCACUACCUGAUACUCCUAAAUCAUCCAAAUAGGAAGCUCCUUUACCCUUAAUUCCAGAUGGAGUUUCAAAGUAAUACAAUUCUAAUCAUACUAGGAAUCCUAUUGAUGUUUUCAAUUAAUAGUUAUUAACCUAAAAGGAAUGGGGUAAACAAAUGGGAGGUAAAACUACUUACUUUCCUCCAGUUAGACAAUAAAAAAGAUCGCUGGAAACCAAAGCUAAGAAAGGAAGUUUGGAAUAAAUGUAUAAAAUGCCAAGAGAAAGAUUAGUAGCUUAGACUGGUAGAACAGCUAUGAACUUUUAUAAAUCCAAUUAGGACGGUAAAUUAUUAUAUGCUAUAUAAAUAGGAUAGAAGAAUAUCACGAAAUCUCUUAGUGAGGGAUUGAUGUAAACAUUUUAUACCACUCAUUCUAAAUUUAGUGAUAAACUUAGAUAAUGA